GGUUCCCCACAUGGUGGAGCAGGGUACUGGCAAGAUUGUCAACAUAGGGUCGGUGUCAGCGUGGAUCACCACCCCCUUUGCUGGCACCUACUGCGCGGCCAAGGCAGCGGUGCACAACAUCUCCCAUGCGCUCAGGAUGGAGCUGAAGCCGUUUGGAAUCCAAGUCAUGCUCGUUGCCCCAGGGGCGAUCAGGUCCAACUUUGGCGGUAACUCAUCCUCGUCAGUCUCCCACCUGCAGCUGAAGAUCUACACUCGCACGAUUCGAGAAGGACGUGAAGCGGACCGAUACCGGGUUCCUGGCGAUAGCAACAGAGGUGGAGAAGGACGGAGAGAAAGCCUCGGAAACUCCAGAAAAAAUCAAGGAAUUACUGAAGGAGUUCCAAGACAUUCUUCGGACGAUCUUCCGAACGAGUUACCGCCAUACCGAACGCAUCAACACGAGAUCGUGGAGGAACCGGGUUCGAAGCCGACCUUCCGAGCACCAUAUCGGCUCAGCCCUACGGAGCUGACUGACAUGAAAAAACAGAUCGAGUAUCUCCUAACCAAAGGACUCAUCCGGCCAUCCACUUCGCCGUACGGUGCCCCAGUACUCUUCACACCGAAACCGGACGGAAGCCUGCGCAUGUGCAUCGACUACCGAGCCUUAACAAGCAGACCAUCAAGAAUAAAUAUCCGAUACCGCGAAUCGAUGACCUGCUUGACCAGCUUCGGGGAGCUACGGUAUUUUCCAAACUGGAUGUGCGGUCCGGAUACUGGCAGAUACGGAUGGCGGACAACUCUAUCCACAAACUGCUUUCCGAACUCGGUACGGAUCGUACGAGUAUUUUGGUCAUGCCGUUCGGACUCACCAACGCGCCGGCAACGUUCCAAGCCGAAAUGAACCACAUUCUACGACCACUUCU